AACCAUCACCAGAUCCGGCACUCUCAAGAGAUUUUGGUGGCUGACAUCGGCGAUACUUUUCCCGCCAAGACACACUGACACUCGGUGAUAUUGGCCAGUAAGCUCCGAAGCAGGCGUGUGAAAAGCCCUGGAAAAGGUAACCUUGGGUUUCAACAGCUAGCUGGACGACCAGUCAGAGGCAGUUCUCAUCUCCUCGAAAUUUCCACUGCCUCUUGACUGCGCCCAACUCGUUGGUCACCAUCCACUUGUCAAAGCCAGAUCAACACUUGCUUACGUGCAAGUAGACGAGGCACUGUCGACAUUCAUUCUCGCAUUUGCUUAUCUCAUUGUGAUUUUUGGGCGGGUUUCAUUGCUUCAGUUCAGCUACCUUGUCGGCACGAGCCGCGACCCAAACAACCAGUCGGUCUUGAUCGCGAUGCCACUUACACCUUGAAAGCUUCUUGUGCUCUUUAUCCAACUUGUUACACACACUGAAUCCUACCCGUAGAGGUACCCAGACGUGUCAGAGACCGAGGCACAAGAUGGGAUUGGGAAUUCUCGAGGACCGAGUCCUUGAACAUGUCCCUGGGACAACACAGUAUUUCGAUGACCCAGAGAGACCACAAUAUGCCACCGACGGCGCCCAUGAACAUCUCAAGUGCGACCGAAGCGGCCCAGUGCCCAUCGUCCUGGUCCCUCAACCAACAGAUGAUCCAAAUGAUCCUUUGAACUGGCCGCUCUGGCGCCGCGACCUCAUCACCCUCGUCCUCUCCAUCACUUCGGUCUUCGCCACCGCCUUAGGCCCUAUCCUCGCUGCCGACACUGUUCUCCUUGUCAGCACCCUCAAAGACGUCACCUUUGUCAAGGCUUCCCUCCUCACUGGUUACUUCCUCCUUGGUUGCGGCGCGAGCGCCUUCCUCUUUGUCCCGUCCAGUCGUAUAUGGGGCAAAAGACAUCUGUUUGUCUUAGGCACAAUUCUAUUGAUUGUCACCAGCAUUUGGACAGCUGCUUCGGGAAAUAAGAGCUACACGAACUUUCUAUGGUCGAGGAUCUUCCAGGGCGUUGCGGCCGCCCCCUUCGAAUCCCUCGUCAACGCGGCCGUCGGCGACCUGUACUUUGUCCACGAGCGUGGCAAGCGCAUGGCCUUCACCAACCUGGCUGUCUUUGGCGGUGCCUUCUUCACUCCCAUUCUUGUCGGCAAGAUCAGCAACGACAUGGGCUGGCAAUGGACCUUUUGGUUUGUCGCCAUCUUCUCCGGCGUAUGUCUCCCGGCCGUCUACUUGUUCUGUCCCGAGACCGCCUACCGUCGUGACCCGACACCGCGCUUCUCGGCAACGAAGAAAGACGAUGAUGAUGCCCCCCAAAAAGAUCGUGGGCUUGACCAGGAGCAGGACCAGGAACUCAAACAACACCCAGCUGCUCCCUCCCACCAAACCUCCACCGACAGCACCACCGCCCCCAAGGACGAAGAACACAUCCAUACCGCAACCGAAGCCCCGGCCUCCACAACUGGCGCUCCCACCACCACCACCACCACCCCACCAAAAGCCACAUUCCUCCAAUCCCUCGCCCUCUUCAACGGCCGCAAAUCCUCCGACUCCUUCUGGAAACUCACCCUCCGGCCCCUCCCCCUCCUCCUGCACCCGGCCUUCCUCUGGGCCUGUCUAAUCCAAGGCCUUCUCAUCGGCUGGACCGUCUUCAUCGGCGUGCUCAUGGCCUUCUUCUUCAUCUCCGUUCCCUUGUGGUGGGACGAAGUACAAACGGGGUACGCCUACACCGGUGCCUUUGUCGGGGCAUUGAUCGGCUUCGCUGUCGCUGGUGGACUAUCGGAUUGGUCGGCGCGGCUGAUGACCAAGUGGAACGGGGGUGUCUAUGAGCCGGAAUUCAGGCUGGUUUUGGUGAUUCCGCAGAUGGUGCUGGGGUGUGCGGGGCUGUAUGGGUUUGGGAUUACGUUGGAUGGGAUGUUGUACGGCAAGUAUCAUUAUGCGGUGCCCUUGACUUUCUUUGGACUGGAGGUUGCGGGGAUGGUGAUUGGUGCGGUGGCGGGGAGUCUUUAUAUUGUCGAUGCGUAUCGUGACAUCGUGAUUGAAGGCUUUACGGCGAUGAUCAUCUUCAAGAACUUCUUCAGCUUCGCGUUGACGUUCAAGGCGUGGCCUUGGCUCAUCCAGAGCAGUGUUAAAGCUGCGAAGAUCUUCAAUGCCUUGGGAAGUGUGCAGCUGGUUGUUUGCUUGCUCACCAUUCCGCUGUAUAUCUACGGAAAGCGUUUGCGCAGCUUCUCUUAUCGCCAUGACAUCCUGGAACUUUGCCAUUUGCGAUAGCCGGCUGGUGGCACCAUUAUAGUAUACGAUUUAAUCUUUAAUAUGAUACCCUCGUUUUUUGUGUUGUACACAGUGAUGGAAGAGAAGAUGUGGAGAAGUGUACACGAAGGAUUCUCUGGGUAUGAGACACUCGCAGGAAUGAAAUACACAAUCACUUCGUCCCUUACGGCCAUCAACAUCAUUCAAAAAUCUUCAUUUGAUUUCAUCUCAAGCGGGUAGCUGCUGUGCACUCGCUGAACUCCCCCCUUUUGCUUGCUAUUUUCUCAUAACAUAUCAUGUC